AUGGCGACGGGAACAGCCCCGAAACGACUACGAUUCGACCUCUUCACUGAGCAUGUCGACAACACACAUAGUGAGCCUGCUACCAAAUGGCAUUCAACACAUUCGAUUCUUAUCACCUACCUCUUUAUCACACCUACGAAUCGACAAGUGCAUGAGUUUACGGAAGUGGUCUAUGCCUACGGGGUACCGGCAGUCGAAGCGGUAGGCUUACAAGGCGGAUGGAUGCAAUGGAUAGCACUACGAAGCAAGAUGGCUAUGAGUUGA